UUAGCUGGUGCUUGGAUUGCUGGAGAUUUAAAUGAACAGCAAUUUGUCGAAAUUGAUUUGAUCAAAAUUCAGCCAGUAUAUGGUGUAGUCACAAAAGGUCGAAAUGGAUUUGAUGAAUGGGUCAAAACUUACAAAGUGCUGUAUAGUCGGGAUGGUGUGGCCUAUGCUUACGUGACUGACCCAUCUGAUACCGACAAUAAAGAUAAGAUCUUUAUAGGAAACUUUGACAGUGAUACUCCUAUUCAGCAUAUAUUUCAAAUACCUUUUGAAGCUAGGUUUGUGCGUAUCCAGCCUCUUGGUUUCCAUCGGGAUAUAGCCAUGAGAGUAGAUGUUCUGGUCUGUGCUGAAGGAUUGACUCUUCCAACAACAACAGUUGCUGCUCCAAUAUGUGUUGAUGAUAUGGGUCUUUACAAUGGAUCUAUUCAAGAUUUCCAAAUUAUUACUUCAAGCAAUAUUUAUCCAAAUGCCAGUGGUAAAUACAUUCGUUUGAAUAAUCCUCAAACUGAUGUGAGUGUUGGUGGCUGGGUAGCUGCCGAUGCUGAUCAGAAUCAGUUUGUUCAGAUCAAUUUUGUGGAGCCCCGCAAUUUAACUGGAGUGAAAAUUCAAGGAAGAGAUCAGGUGCCUGAAUGGGUUACAGCUUUUACAGUCAGUUACAGUUUGAAUGGAAAGAUUUGGAAUAAUGUAAUAGACUCCAACAGUGACGUUUUGAUAUUUCCAGGAAAUUAUGAUAGCAAUACCAUAGUUGAAAAUUAUUUUCCUAAACCUGUCAGAGCCCGGUAUCUGAAGAUUCAUCCUCUAGCAUGGCAAAAUUGGAUCGCAAUGAGAUUGGAAAUAAUAGGCUGUUAUGAACAUUUGACUGACUUUGUGAAAGAAGAAGUUACACAUGCACCAACAUUCUACUUUGAGGGAUGUGCUGAGCCGAUGGGAUUUGAAAAUCAUCAACUUCCAGAUACUCUGAUCAGUGUAUCUUCAUCUAUGUAUCCUACAAGUGGAAGCUCUAGAAUCAGAUUGAACACCCACGCAGAUGCUGAUGGAACGGGUGGUUGGAUUCCAGCUGUGUCUGAUUAUAUGCCAGUCGUUGUCAUAGAUUUCUAUGGUGUUAGAAAUCUUACUGGAAUAACAACGCAAGGACUUGAAGAGGAAGAGAAAUGGGUUAUGAGCUACUAUGUCAAGUAUAGCAUUGACAAUAUUACUUGGGAAGAUGCUGAAGAAAAAUUGAAUAAAGAACUGGUAUUCCAAGGAAACUCCAACAACUAUGGAAAAGUCACUCGACUGUUCAAACACAUGAUUGAAGCUCGAUAUCUGAAAAUCAUUAUAGUGGACUACCACACUGGCCCGGCUCUUCGCAUGGAGGUGCUCGGUUGCUUCGUCCCGUACCUUGAAGCAACACUUCCACCAGCUAUCAUGCCAACUGAAACAGAAUUCUGUAUUGAAUAUGGACCAUGGAUUAGUUUUACGGACCCUGCCUCAGAUCCUUUUGGUGAUGAGGAACCUAUUUCAAAAGUGAUUGCAGCGUCUGCUAGCAUGUGCAGCCACGCUAUUGAAAUCCAGUGCAGAACGUUAGCCACACAAAAGGACUACUCAGAGACUGGUCAGUUGGUAACCUGUGACAUGGACAAAGGAUUGGUUUGUCGCCACCAAGAUCAAUCAUCCUACAAAUGUUACAACUAUGAAGUUAGAAUCAAAUGCUGGACUUGCAGUAUAGAAACUACCACCUUACGUCCGUUGGAGCUCUGCCCAGAAGUUCCACUUUUCCUGAAGAGCCAGUGUCCAGUGUCAUGCCCUCUUGAUUAUGCUUGUGAUGGUUAUGAAUGUGUUCCUCACAUGAACUGUCCAUGUUUUGUUGAAGAUAGGAGAUUCAAAUUGCCAAUGCCAAUGUGAGGGUUGCCCAGAGGGUACAGUGCUUUGUCCAAAUGGGGGAGAAUGCAUCAAAGAAGAACAAUGGUGUGAUGGAAUCAUCGAUUGCUUGGAUGAUGAAAGAGACUGUCCAACAACCGCAAUUCCUACAACUUCUACGACAUUGGCCCCAACCACCACAGAAUCACCAAUUAUCUGUUCUACUGACGGUUUGUCUGAUACAGAUUCUUGCGAAAUGUUUGCCAACUUGUUUGAUACUUUUGAUGGCUUGACCUACCAGUAUGAGAUAUGUGACCAUGUCUUGAUGCGGGAAAGUAAUGCUCAUCUUUAUGGAGUUACAGUUCACAAGACUUGUUCACCUGAGGGUUUCUGCCAAAAGUACCUUGUUAUAGAUGUUGAUGAGAUGACUUUAAAACUGGGACCAGGAGUGAAUGACGUAACAGUGCACGACCAAAAAAUUCCUGUCAGCAACCUGUGGCUAGUGUCACAAAGGUUUCAGCAAGACUUCUCUCUUGAGAAAAAAGGAAAUUCUCUGAUUUUCAUUUCUAAGAAGUAUCAUUUUAGUGUCACAUGGGAUUCUUCUCAGAAUGCAAAAAUCACUGUUUCUAAAUGCUUAGCUUAUCAAGUGUUGGGCUUAUGUGGUUUUUAUAACCAUGAUCCUUCUGAUGAUCUGAUGCUUCCUAUCAGAAAGUUGGCAAUCAGCAACGAAGACUUUGGAAACAGUUGGGGCAUUGGUCCCCCUGACAGAUGCACCCCACCUUCCUGCCCCCUUCCAUUCAUGAAGACUGCAAUUACAUUUUGUAACCUUUUAAGGGAAGAGCCAUUUAAUUCUUCCUGUUCAGACUAUGUCAAGAUUGAGAACCGUAUUGAAGCUUGCACUGUAUUCAUGUGUGACUGCUUGCAAACAACAUCUCUGGAUGCUAGAAGCAAAGACGUCUUCUACGACAUCUAUGAGGAGAGCGGUUCCUGCAAAUGCCUGGCUUAUGAAAGUUUUGUUGAAGCCUGUGAAACAUCAAAACAGGAACCAGUGCGUGAUUGGAGACUCAAAUUCGGAUGCACGCCAGAAUGUCCUCCAGGUUUGGAAUGGAAGGAAUGUGGUGAGGGCUGCCAGCUUACAUGUGAUAAUUACCGUGUCAAAGACGAGAUAUGCAAAAGUGGUGGUUGCGCGCCUGGAUGCUAUUGCCCCGAUGGAACUGUCCUCCACCACAAUCGUUGCGUUGCUCCAAAAAUGUGUCAGGAUUGCGUAUGUAGAGGUCAUGGGGAUCCUAAUUUUAUCACUUUUGAUGGUCAGUAUUACGCUUUCCAAGGGACUUGCACCUAUGUUUUAGUUCAACAUCUCAAUGAUCCUGAUCCAAAGCUAAACUUCCGAGUUUUAGUGACAAAUGUUGAAUGUCCCGAAGAGCCUCACACUUCGUGUGCAGAAGGACUAAGAAUUGAGUGGAAUGGCCAUGUCGUUGAAAAGUUCAAAAACAAACCUGUUUACCUUGAUGAUAUGGAGGCAUCUAAUGGAGGUGAUGACAUACACAUAACAUAUGUUCCUGGAAAAAGCACAGUUAUUCACAUCAAGCACAUCAAUUUAGCUGUUCGCUAUUUCGACCAAAUGUAUGGUUUCAACAUAGAGCUGCCUGCUUUCUACUACUUUAACAAAACAGAAGGAUUAUGCGGUUUGUGCAACUUUGAACAAUCUGAUGAUCUGUACCACAGAGAUGGUUUUGUGACAGAUGACAUUGAUGACUUUGCUUAUAGUUGGCUGGUGGAACACGAGCACCGUAAAAACUGUGAAUUACCUCGGGUACCGGUGCCAGAGCCACCACCCGGCAUUUGUAAUUUUACAAUCAGCCCUUGUGAAAUCUUCUUGAAUCCAACGAUGUAUUCCAAGUCCUGUCAAAACGACGUCACUUACAGUCAUAAGCCAGAGGCUUCCAUGUGCAGAUCUAAAUUUCAGUAUGCUCAACAGUGUUGUGAAAGAGGUGUUUCAUUAGUUGAAUGGCUCAAACUAAGUGGAUGCGAAAACACAUGUCCAGAGGAAAGUAUGACUUAUGAGUGCACUUCAGCUUGUCCAAAGACAUGUGACAACUACAAAAAUUAUCAUCCAGACGAUUGCGAUCUACUUCCAUUAUACACUUGCAAAUGUCCAGAAGAACAAGUUUAUCACUUAGGAAAGUGUGUCGAUUCCAUCACCUGUGAAACCUGUGAUGCUUUCGGACAUGUAGUCGGAGAAGUUUGGAGUCUAGGUCCAUGUGAAAUGUGCGAAUGUAUGGCAGACCUCACCACAAAGUGUACUGUUAUUCAAUGUCCUGAGCCCCCCAUCUGUUCCGCAAAAGAGACACUAAACAAGGUGCAGCAUAAUGACACCACAUGUUGUGACACAUAUCGAUGUGUCGAAAUAGCAGAACUCAAGUGUCCAGAUAUUCAUCCCCUGGAGUGCAGAGAGGGAGAAUCAAACAUCGUAGAACAUAUAGAUGGCUGCCCUUCGUAUCUAUGCAAAUGCAUGCCAGAGUUGUGUCCACCAUUGCUUGGACCUUUGCUGGAAGAAGGUGAAGAUCUCACCAUCGAGACUGAGGACUGCUGCCCGCGUUAUGUAACCAAAUGUUAUACAGAGCUCUGUCGUGCACCACCUGCCUGUGGACCUGGUUUCAAACUUUCCAAGUACCAGGGAAAAUGCUGUGAAAAAUACACUUGCGUCCCGAGAAACGAUGUUUGUGUAUAUCAACACAAAUACGAUGUCAUAAAUGGUACACAGAUUGAACUUCUCCCAGAACAGCUCUACGAUAUGGAAUAUCAGGCUGGAUCCGUUUGGCAAGAUGGACUCUGUUUCAAAUGCUUGUGCAUGGAAAUGGAAGGACAAUUUAUUUCUACUUGCCGAGAAGAAAUAUGUCCUAAAAUGCAUGAUCUGCCGGAUGCUGAGGUGAACCUACUUUUAUUUAGUGAUGUAACGAAUAGUGAUGGGGCCGAAUAUCGAAUAUUCGGCCAAAUUUUAGGCCGAAUACNUUCCAACUCUAAAAUUUCAUCUACUCUAACACUAUAA